AUGGCGGACCCCGCAGAUUUGAAUCUCGACGCGCCUAGCGAUCUUCAAGACAUCCCAGAUAUGUCGAUGGAGCUUGUUCCGCCGCCCGAAGGGACGUUUCCAGACAAAGCAUCACUUCUUGCCUCAGUACAAGCGCAUGCGAAAACUCACGGUUACAAUGUGGUAGUCAAAUCGUCUAGUACUCCCACUGAAAAGAAACCAGGACGGACAGCCAAGGUCUGGUUACGGUGUGACCGGGGUGGACACUAUCGUCCACGAAACGGCCUUACCGAGGAGACGAGGAAGCGGAGACGAACUUCCCGUUUGAUGGACUGUCCGUUUAUGUUAGUUGCAGCUGGAACUCCUGGCAUCUGGACUUUGACUGUCCUAAAUGCUACCCACAAUCAUGGCCCUGUUAUUGAGAAACCACGACAAGUUCCUCAUCACAAAGUCCGGAAGGGACAAAUUGCCGCCGUCCCAUAUGACUGGCCGCAUGAUGCGACGCUCACACCGUAUACCACAGCGCUGGUUAUUAUUGAUAUGCAAAAAGACUUUUGUGCACCAGGAGGAUACAUGGAGUUUCAAGGCUACGACAUAUCCGCCACACGUGCACUGAUACCAAAACUUCAGGAGCUUCUAAGUUCAUUUAGAUCUGCCGGGUUUCCGGUCUAUCACACACGUGAGGGUCAUCGGCCCGAUCUUUCAACGCUUCCAAGCCGAGAAGCCUUUCGGUCUCAAAACAAUCCAUCUGGGUUAGGAAUUGGCUCUCCAGGACCGCUGGGCCGUCUCCUAAUCCGCGGUGAACUGGGACAUGAUACCAUUGAUGAACUCUACCCUCUUCCUGGUGAACCUGUAAUUGACAAACCCGGACGAGGAGCGUUUGCACACACAGACUUUGAACUUCUCCUUCGCAACAAGGGUGUAAAGAACCUUGUCAUUGCAGGCGUAACGACAGACGUAUGCGUGUCCACGACGAUGCGUGAAGCUAACGACCGCGGGUUCGAUUGUCUCCUAUUAGAAGACGGCUCUGCGGCGGCCGAACCGCCUCUGCACGUCAACACGUUGGAGUCAGUAAAAAUGGAGGGAGGGAUCUUUGGCGCAGUCGCCAAGCUCGACGACGUUGUACAUGCCGUGGAAAACUUCAAAAAUGUCACUGUGAAAAAGCUGGCCCCUCAGAUGACUUCUUGA